AUGAAUAUUGCUACUAAAGAAAGUAUUCGCGACAUCAGCAGUUUCAUAGAUAAAAUUUACGUUAAAAUGUGGUUUUCAAGUUCGCUAGCGACGAAGGCGCCGCGGUCUGAUUUGAAUUUACUGAAAGAAUUACAUGAAUAUCGAAAAGUUGAUGCGGAUGCAGCUGAAGUUGCAUUAAAUAAAUUUUUAAGACAUUUGUGGUACCUAAGUCCAGAGGCCGUCGCCUUCUCUUUUUUUGAUGAAGAUGUCUCUUUUGACAUAAAAGAAAAGAUGCUGUCAUCAACGCAUGUUUUAACAUUAUCUGCAAUAGCAACCUUUUUUAAGGACAAUAUCGCCCAACUACAAAGAGGUGAAAACUCUUAUAGCAGUGACAAUGUGAAAAAAAUGAUUUUCGAUCCUGCUGUUUCCCCUGCCCUACUUCGAGGUGAAGUUACAGCCAGUAUGAAGAAUAGAACUUAUAAUGUUGAGGUUUCCAUUGAUUACGAGGAUGGUAUAUUGGAUGCCACCUGCUCCUGCCCCAGGGGACAAGCAGUAUGCCAUCACAUGGCAGCUGUAUGUUUUCAUGCACACAACAACGUCAGUGUUACUGACAAAACCUGUGUGUGGAAUCAGCGCAAACCUACUGGCGAUGGAGAAAAAAUUGUGAGGAUUAGUGAUCUCUACAAACCAAAAUUUUCUAAUUAUCAAGCUUUUUCGAGACCAGCAUCAACCCAAGAAAUGGCAGAUUUUAGGAAUGAAUUAGGAUACUCUAAUCCAGUUGGAUUUACAUGGCUGUUUAUGCCUGAGCAAUCACAAUUGACAAGCAUAAUAAAGAAUAUUGAAGAUGUUUUAUAUUCACUCGAGUAUACACAGGCUACUGACAAAGAGACAUUUUUAAAAUCAAAAUGCUCAAUAGAUAUCGAUACUAUAAAUAAAGUUGAACAAAUAACUUGA